AUGCUGCGAGCGUUUGCAUUUUCGCUGCUGGCGGUGGUGCGCGCAUCCUCAGCAGCGAAGAUCUUGGUGAUCGCACCAACCCCGACCAUCAGCCACCAGCUGCCGUUCCACAUCUUGUCCAAGGCUCUGCUGUGGAGGGGGUACCGAGUCACCAUCCUGAUGACACACUCCAUGAAGAUAUCUCACGAGAACUAUACCGAGAUUGACUUGUCAGUAGCUUACAGACCCAUAAGAGGUGACUAUGAUUUUGUGAAGAUAUACGAAGAACCACCAAUAAAGUCGAUGAACAUCAUGCAGGGCAUUGUCGGGUAUUCGGCUGAGGUGCAGCCAAAUGAGACUUCGGUGCAGAGUUUCAUAAGGUCUGGCGAACCGUAUGACCUUGAGAUCCUGGAGGGCUUCAUCUACGUGUGUUAUUAUGGACUCAUACACAAAAUGGGCUCGCCUCCUGUUGUGAAGCUUCUGACUCUGACGGCACCCUCGUCCGUCUACUACAACUUCGGAAGCGCAAUUAACCCUGCCUUCAUGCCGGAUAUGUGGCUCGGGUACUCAGACCGUAUGAAUUUCUGGCAGCGACUGUACAACACGUACUUCUAUUUAAGGCUGAUGCACAUGUGGUUCUGUAAGGAGAUGCCAUUUCAAGAAGCACUUAUGAGGAAACACUUUGGUCCAGAUCCUCCGUCUGUGUACGAAGCAGACAGGAACGUCAGUCUCCUCAUAACCACCAACCACUUCGUCAUGGAAUAUCCUCACCCGCACCUGCCCAACAUCAUAGAUAUCACCGGAAUCCACGUUGCCACAGAACAGAAGCCUCUGUCAAAGCCUCUGUCUAUAAGUAUAAAGGAGCAAGAGGAUCUGUCCAAGGACCUGCGACCUCUUGCUACUUACUUCAUCAUGCUGCCGAAAGAGAAGGACAAUAACCGUAUCAAUAAUGUUCAGUAUGUCUUUGGCACCAGGAUCUCAUCCAAAUGUGCGACUCUUCAUUAUUCAAGGCUGAAUAAAGCCACGUACCACGCCAUUCCGCUGCUCGCCAUCCCGUUCUUCGGCGACCAGGCACACAACGCCGCCAAGGUACGACAAAGUGGGACUGGCGUCUGGCUAGAGUACAGUGAUGUCACCAAUGACACCCUGCUGAGGGACAUACGGACCGUCGUUCACGACUCCAAGUAA